UUCUCCUGGAACCUGCUCCUGAAAUAUAAAGCGCUUACCCCAUCCAGCCCAUCCAGCAGGAAGGACAGAACCAGAGCCUAUAAGGAGGAGCCGCUGCACGCGCACAUCUGUGGCUUCUCCUCCAAUCUGAACUGACAGCCGUCUCCAGCUGUAGGAUUUUACUUUUAUCUGAAAGAAAAGUCUGUUUUUGUCGUUUCUUAUACAUUUUAUCAGGCUACAUACGCAGAGAAACUGAGCGCAACUUGUUUAGGAAAGACGCACAAACGCGCUUUUUGUAAGUUUGGAGAGGAGUGAGCGCGCGCACCGCAGAUGGCUGCUCUCAUCAGCGCGUACUCGUCGUGGCCGGAGUCCUUCGAGUGUCCUCCGGGGGACGGAGACGUAUCCGACGGACACGGACCCCACAGGACUCCCGGGGACAAGGCGCCGGAGCCCCGGAUCCGCCGGCCCAUGAACGCGUUCAUGGUCUGGGCCAAGGACGAGCGCAAACGGCUGGCGGUUCAAAACCCGGACCUGCACAACGCGGAGCUCAGCAAAAUGUUGGGAAAGUCAUGGAAAGCCCUGACUCCUCCUCAGAAGAGGCCAUACGUGGAGGAAGCCGAACGUCUCCGGGUCCAGCACAUGCAGGACUACCCCAACUAUAAGUAUCGGCCCCGCCGGAAGAAACAGCUGAAGCGCAUCUGUAAGAGAGUGGACCCCGGCUUCCUCCUGAGUGGGCUGGCUCCGGACCACAGCGCCCUGCCAGAGCAGAGAGCCCUCGGUCGCCCGCAUGACAAAGACGAGGUCAGCUCUAACGGAGCAGCCGGCAGGUUUUCCAGCUCCAGCCCGGCGUUGCCCAGCGUGAGAACCUUCAGAGACCCUCCUGGCUCCGGCAGCAGCUUUGACACUUACCCUUACGGGCUCCCCACACCUCCUGAGAUGUCCCCCUUAGAUGCCAUGGACCAUGAGCACAUAGCCCCCGCCUACUACUCAACAUCGGGUAGCUCCUCCAUCUCCUGCUCUUCCACGGCCUCGUGUUCAGAUGAACACCACCCGAGUCAGACACACAUGGGCAGCCCGCCCCCCUACCACACUGACUACACUCAGAACCAAAUCCACUGUGGGGGCACACACUCAAGUCACAUCUCUCACAUGUCCCAAACUAGCAGUGGUGGUCUGAUUCCAGGUCCUCCUCUGUCUUACUACAGUUCCUCACCUUUUCCGCAGAUUCACCACGGGCUCCAUCAGGGUCACCUGGGUCAGCUGUCCCCGCCACCAGAGACUCACGGUCACCUGGAGACUUUAGAUCAGCUGAGUCAGGCCGAGCUUCUGGGUGAGGUAGACCGCAAUGAGUUCGACCAGUACCUGAACUCCACUGGGAGCGGGUUCCACCCCGAACAGGGCAGCAUGACUGUAACGGGACACAUCCAGGUGACGUCCACCACCACCUCUUCCGCCACUGCGUGUUCCAGCAGCCCCACAGAAACCAGUCUCAUUUCGGUGCUGGCGGAUGCAACGGCAGCCUACUACAACAACUACAGCAUCUCGUAAAUACUCUCUUGGAGUCGUUGCGGUUGGGUGCUGAUACGGCCAAGACAUCGGUAUAGACUCUCAGUCAUUCAAGCAAGAAUCAAAGACUGCUGGAUUUCUUUUUUGGGGGACUCUUGAAGAAGUUUCGCUUAUUGAAUUGUUUCGCUUCUCGAAUUAGUAGCUAAAUAUCUUCAAGAAUCAAAAAAAUUAAGUACAUUUCCCUUUGAUUCGACGCAGGAUGAUGAAGGCAAGCAUUCUAGACAUGUUCUUGUGUUUUCAGAACCUUGUUGGUGUCUACGAGCAGCUUCAUCCAGACAUGAACUGAUCACCGAGCAAUACGUUUGGAGCCGAGAACCAACAAUGUGAGGAUUAUGAAAGAAAUGGAGAUGGACACCUCAGGGAAGCAGACACACAACACUAUAAUUCGCCACCUCCAGUUGUCGAACAAUCGUAAACGGCUUGGUUAUUCGUUGUAAAUGCCGCCAGCUGGUGUUGAGGCAUAUACAGAUGCUCUGUAGAAGCUAACUUAAGUCCUUCGGUGUUUUGUACAAAUGUAACGCUUUUGUCGACGCUUCCCGUUUGAAUGUUUGUAUUAUAUGUUUUUGCUCUCAUCACAGAGAGUCUUACCUCAGUAGUUGUUUUUGAAAGAGGUUCUAGUUGGACUUUUCUUAUGCAAUUCAGCUAAACUGUGUAUAAUAUAGAAAGAAAGGCAUUUAUACUCCUCCUCAAGUAAUACCUAAUAUAUAAUCAACCUCUGCAAUGAAAAACAAUAAUAGUAGCUGUAACUGUAUGCUGAUUUAGGCUUACAAAUAAUAAUUAUCGGAACAUUUUGUUUAUUUUAUUGUAGAUUUACCUUCCGACCAUGACGGAAUGAGCAUUUGUCAUUUCAUUGUUAAUAACAGGAGGAACUCAUAACGUUUAAAAGCCAUUUGGAUGCAGUCCGUUACAAUGAGUAAAUGCCUGAGUAAUAAAAAUAUAUGAAAAUA